CAUACAUUUAGCUUUAGCCAAAAUUAGCUAGUGGUUCAAAUCAUAGACACAUCUCACCCGAAACGAGUGUUUAUCUUUCCAACCGACAGCUUCCGUGACGAUAAUUUAUUCGGUGCUCCCCGGGUUUACCGAGCCGCCAAACAUGUAUCUAAAAGCCUUAUUCCGAUGCAGGGACAUGCUGAAAGCAGAACUGAUCGUGUGAAAUGCUGGCUAGCUUAAUCAAAGCUAGCUGACGAGCAGGGGCCGUGAAACGAAAGUGGCUAACACUAACGAGAGAUAAGCCUAUCACAAGAAGCCUGGGUACUUUACCUGCCACUGAAGCCACAGGACGGAGGACUGAUAGAGACAGAGCCUUUCCUACAAAGUAGCAGUGGGUCUCUCUCAAGGGCAGAGCCAUGGGUGCGUUCCUGGACAAGCCCAGGACAGAGAAGCACAACUCACAUGCAGAGGGCAACGGCCUGCGCUAUGGGCUCAGCUCCAUGCAGGGCUGGCGGGUGGAGAUGGAGGACGCUCACACAGCUGUGUUGGGACUCCCUGCUCCCGGUAUGACUGACUGGUCCUUUUUUGCCGUGUACGAUGGUCACGCUGGCUCAAGGGUUGCCAACUACUGCUCUAAGCAUCUUCUGGAACACAUUAUCAGUGCUAGCUUAGGGGGCGGAGGGACUCAAGGCCCCCAGGCUGGUUCAGACAGCUCCAGCAGUGAGCCCCCACCACUGGGUCCCCCCUCAGUGGAGAGUGUGAAAGCUGGGAUCCGGACAGGCUUCCUGAGGAUUGAUGAGCACAUGCGCAGCUUCUCUGACCUUCGAAACGGCAUGGACCGUAGUGGCUCCACAGCAGUGGGAAUCCUCCUGUCACCUGAUCAUUUCUUCUUUAUCAACUGUGGUGAUUCUCGAGCUGUUCUAUACCGCAAUUCACAAGUGUGCUUCUCCACACUUGACCACAAGCCUUGCAACCCACGUGAGAGAGAGCGCAUCCAGAAUGCCGGAGGCUCAGUAAUGAUUCAGAGGGUUAAUGGGUCACUGGCUGUAUCGAGGGCCUUGGGGGACUACGAUUACAAGUGCGUGGAUGGGAAGGGCCCCACAGAGCAGCUGGUUAGCCCCGAACCAGAAGUGUUUGAGAUGGUUCGGGCCCCAGAGCAGGAUCAGUUUGUGAUCCUGGCAUGCGAUGGCAUCUGGGAUGUCAUGUCCAAUGAGGAGCUGUGCGAGUUUGUGAAAUCUAGGCUUGAGGUGACUGAUGAUCUGGAGAGAGUCUGCAACGAAGUGGUGGACACCUGCCUGCACAAGGGGAGUCGGGAUAACAUGAGUGUUGUGUUAGUGUGUUUGCCCAACGCUCCCAAAGUGUCGGAGGAAGCUGUGAGGAAAGACGCUGAGCUCAACAAAUAUCUGGAGUCUCGAGUGGAAGAGAUGCUGUCCCGGCCAGGGGAGGAGGGGUUUCCGGACCUGGUAGCAGUGAUGAGGAACCUAUCCACUGACAUCAACAUGCCCUGUCUGCCACCAGGGGGAGGCCUUGCCAGCAAACGCAGUGUUAUUGAAGCAGUAUACAACCGUCUGAACCCAUACAGGGAGGAAGAUGGGAGCGGAGCUGAGUUGGAGUACCACUGGUAGCUGUCCAGCACAACUGCCUGAUUCCCAAAAAAACAGGACCACUUUUCCACACAAGAUCACAUCCAUAGUCACCUCUUCAUUUCCUCUGGGAUUUUUAUUUUUAUUCCCCACACUGAGAGAUCAAUCGAAGCAGAAAUCCUGGUUUUAAAAACAAACGCACGCGACAUGGAGGACGACACAACAGAUUUAGUUUUUUGUAGAACAAAACGGGGACAAAUAAGAACAACUGCAUUGAUAAGUGAAAGCAGAACUACAUAUACAGCGUAUACAUCAGAGGAGAGGCACACAAGCACAGUUUCUCUCGCCCCCUCGUUUCCCUCGCUUUCUUUGUGGUGGAUUGACGGAGAGACACAGGAGUAGCCCUGCUCUGAACACACUGAGGCUCUGCGGUGCCUUUCUCAGAACUGAGAGAGAAGGGAGACCCUCACAACUCAACAUUACAAAACCAGCAGCUCGUGGAUGUUUGUACCGAAUAGACUGAAGUGGUUUGUCGGCUGCAUUUUUUUUGGCGUUAUUUGUUUUAAAGCGUGAACUUUUCUUGCACCUGAAUGGCAGCCAUUCAACCACGAAAGCCUGCAACCCCCGCACACCUCAAGCCACGCUGUUCAGUCCAGUCUUGCUUGGGGUUCUGGGCAUUACUGGUACUCAAACUGGGGCACAACACUUCACCUACUCGUGGAUGUGGCUCGCAGAACUCCAGGAUUUAAAACUCCCCAUGUCCUCACUUCCCAAAGACUUCUGGAUCAACGUCAUCACCUGAGGCUACACACCUAACACUCACAACAGUCUGCUCGGCAACUUAUUUCAAUCAGCCUCCUCCAAACUGCGUCCAAACUACGACAGGACACGUGCUGGUUGCCUGGCUGCGGAACGGAAUUACAUGGACAUGGUUUGAACUCAAGUGUGAUGACUCUUCUUGCACGUCCCUGCUCACCUUCUCCCCUCCUGUCUCUUUAAAGGAUGAUAUCAAACAGUCGAUUUCCCACUCUGCCCCUCUGUCUCUCUCGUUUCUCUGUCUCUCCAUCGGACACACGAGACUCGGCUGUCAUGUGCAUUGGCAGACAUUGCCAGAAUCAUAAGCUUUUGAGCCUGCUGUUGUUAAAGAGAUAGAAAGAUAGAAAUUAUAUAUUAAAUUCAUAUAUAUAUAUAUAUAGAGAGAGAGAGAGAGAGAGAGAGGGGGAGAGAGAGAGAGAGAGAGAGUGAGAUAUAUAUAUUUUGAUUUGUUUGUUUCAUCUUAAUUCCCAGCCGUGGUAUUCGUUGUGGCCUAAUGUGCGUGUGGUCUGGAUGUGUGCAUACAUUUUGUGUGUUGGCAAAUUUCAACUCAAAGUUGCACACACGGUGUUCCCACACAGCAGCCUUCCAAAGACAGGGUUUUGGAAAAAAGGAAUUCCAGCCUCACCUUUUUCUUGUUCUUCCCCCUUUCUCCUCAACACACAAUCCUGCUUGUGCUACGACUUGCCUUUUCUAUCUCUCUAAUAUCCUGUGUACAAAACAACAAUGCCUUUUUUGUUUCGAUUGAAAAAAAUUCCAUCUUUAUCUUUUUAUUUCUUUUUUUUUUUUUAAAUGUGUUUUGGUGUAUAUGGCUUUUCAGAGUACUGUGGCUGUGGUCCUACUACAGAUGGGUAAGGAAACGAAAAGAGGAGCAUGAAAUACACCUUGUACAGCGGGCGGGGAAGGAAGUAGGUUUUUGGUGUUUCACUGUAGGGACAGACGAGAAUAGGCCCGACACCCAGAGAUGUGUCCACACUGUCACUGAAAUUGCUGUCCUCAGUUUCUCCGCAGCUACCUUCACAGACUUUGCCUGAGAGGCUCAGGACGGCUGCUGGGAAAGCCCUGGUUUCAUCGACCAGGAGUCCAUUUCAUUUCUGUCGACCCAAGCACUAACAAGUGAUCGAAACUUCUGAAACAAAGCCUCUUCCUUUCAGGCUUUUUGAAACAAAUGUGCGCAUAGACAAAGCGGAUACACAUACUUUGCAUGUGUAUUCUUUUCUGUAGAUGAAAAUAGGCGAUAAGUGUAAGCAAAACUGUAAUAUACACUUUUUUUUCCCCCCUCAAUCAUUCAAUGGCAAACUCAUUGUGCUUUCUGAAGUGGUAGUGUUGAAAGAGAAUAGGCCUAACAGAGUUUGCUGGCUGAUUAAUGUUCUUGUGGUACACUUUGCUCUUGGUGCCAUACGACAAAUAGGUACUUGAAUGUGUAGAUUUUUUUUGUUUUGUUUUGUUUUUUGCAGUUGCGUUGUUUUAAUGGGAUGAUUGGUUUUUCUUUGUUUGUGGUGGAGGGAGUGGGCGGGGCGGGAUCUCUAUAGUUGUGCAUGUUUUGUGAUUGAGGGAGGAGUGUAUUUGUGUGUGAGAUGUACUGGGCGGAUGGGGGUAAUGUGGGCAUGUUCAGUGUGGUGGAACACAAUGUUAGAGAGGAAAGGUGAUGAUAAAGAACAACAUGAAGAAAUAUAUGUUCUUUUAAUAACUUUUAAACUCAUUUAAGGACUCAGUUGGUCAACCUCUUUGUUUCUUAACUGAAAAGCAGUCCACAUAUUUCACCACAUCUGAUUUGAUACUGUGGCUGAUGUUGAGUCCUUUUCAUUGCAGACACCUGAUAUUUUAUAACUGCAGUUCCUGACUUUUUAACAUUGGGUUAUGUUUCACCACACUGAACACGGUUCUCAGUUUAAGUUUAUCUUUAAGCUAAAUCAGACACUGGGCUAGGAGAGGAACUAAAGGGAUAGUUCUGAUCUUUUGGCGAGGAAUUGUGUGGGGUACUUAUCCAUGGUCAGUGUAUUACAUACAGUUUGGAGAAGCAGGCUUGGAGUACCAACGCAGAAGUACUGCUGUGGAUGGGAGGGCCGCAGCAAAAUGUAUUUUAGCCACCUAAAGAAAUCAAUAUCAGUUCAAGUGUACACUAUAUUAACAGUAUUUUUUACUGCUUUACACUUCUGUCAGGCACCCCUUUCCAAUAGGGAAGCUGUCAACAGCUUCAGUCACCCAUCUAUGCACUCGUCAAAGCCAGACUCCAUUGAGAAAAACAGUCAUUUUAGCUCACUGAACACGGGAGCUGCUGGUCUACCGCUGCCUCGAUCUGUUAGUUUCUGUUAAUGUGUGACUUUGGUUAAUCCGAGCUAACCCUUUUAAAUAUCAAAGUCACACAGUUACAUGAAAAGACUAAAUGUUCGAGGCAGAGGUAGACCAGCAGCUCCUGUGUUCAGCAACGUUAAAUCACUGUUUUUCUUAAUGUCUGGCUUUGAAGGGAGCAAUAAAACGACCUCAGUUUACCGUCUCAAAUCGCUGGCUGACAGCAAGGUAAAGCACUGAAAAUACUCUGAAUAUAGCAUACACUUAAACUGUUUUUAUAUGUGACUUUUUUAGGUGUCUGAAAUAUGUUUUGUUGCUCACUCUGUCCACAGCAGCACAUUGCUAGGCUCCUGUGUCAGUACUCCAGCUUCUCCAAACUGGAGGCAUGCCAGUGGACAUCUACUGUAUAUAACACAUGACUUGUACCUCAUACAACCCCACUUCAAAAGAUCUGAACUAUCCCUUUGAGGGAGGGAUGGAAGGAGAAACAUUUAUUUUUCUGAAUGUAAUUUUUCAUUAUCACACUGAUUCCACUGCAUGGACUGAAUACAAGCAGCACUGCAGCAUCACAGUCUCUCCUCAUCAGUCAUUUAAUGACAAAACAAGCUCCCUUUGUUUUGGAAAACAAAUUUACUUGAUCAUUAUUCUGGUUGUUGAAUAUAAUCUUAAGACUCUGCUCAGCUUUCUGAAGGAGACUUUGGUAAUUGGGUGAAUAAUUUGACCCUUAGUUGCUUUGAUUUCACGAUAUGUUAAGUAAAGAGGAUUUUACAAAGCAUAUUGUCUCCUGAACCUGUCAGUUAUUCUCAGUGGGGUCGAUGUGACCAGGAGGACCCCAGCAGGGAAGCGAGACUUUUGGAAGCGGCUACGAAACAGCAAAAAGACGGACAUGACAUUCCUCAUGUGGGCUUUUUAGGACGGAAAUGAACCCUCGUGCUCUUUGCCACCUCCUUCUGUCGUCUCUGGUCACUCCUUCGAUACAGAUGUAUGAUGGCAGUGAUCAAGUCCACACUUGUUUUUAUUUAUUCCAGUGCUUUUCAGCUCUUCUGAAAAAUAAUGCUGUAUUUUGAAGACAUAAUAAGGUAAUGUGUGAUCCACUCACCUUCACCUUUGACCUUUGAGAGGACUAAAGGAUGGGAGGUUCAUGAGACACCCGGGGUUUUCACCAUCCCUUCUUCCUGUACUAAUUUCCCAGUAUGCUAUUGUGAUGUUACAGACCAUACAGUGAACAUAAACGUCAAUAAAAGAUGGAUUUAAGUUUAAAA